AUGGACGGGGCCCAGUGUCUGGACUUCAAAGGUCAGCUGUCCCUUACUACAAGUACAUACGUGGUGAAGAAUACGUUCCUCGAUGUGAUUGCCGAGGAGGGUUCGAGCGGUGAUGAGCUAAAUACACCUUUUACAAGGAAUGUGUCAGCGCCUCCGGUCAUGCUGCAUGAGCCGGCAUACGUGCAAACAGAUGCCUUCGCGGCCCUGGGACAGCGACUAUAUAAUGGCUAUGGAGUUGGCUCGACACAUAUCAACACGCCGUUGUUUGAGCAAAUCGUGCAGCUAGAGCAACCCUUGAAGAGCAAGGGCAGCAUAGGGCACCCAAAGACUUGCAAGGAGUGCAGUUUCUACUUCUUCAGCGCUGCAGGAUGUAGGAGUGGUGCUGAUUGCUCCUUCUGCCAUGAAAUCCACCCGAGGAAAAACAAAAGGAAAAACAGGCUCAUCCAGAUGCGCGAGACUGGCACGCAGAAGGAGAUCGUCCCCGAGAAGGUCGGACAGGACUUCAGAUCUUCUCAGAUGAAGUUGGACAAGAAGCUGGACUCCGCGAAGGCUGAAGGAAGUCAAGGUACCUCAUCUCCCUUCGUGGGGAGUGACAUUGUGCUGCGAGUGAGCUAUUACCAGGGGGCUAUGUCAGAGAUGAGUGAUAUCAGUGCUCCACUUUCUUUGACGCUCGUUACAGGUGAGGGAGCCAGAUAG